AUGCUAACAGUUGACGAAAUUGAUUUGGCAAAAGAAAUGUUGUCAGUGUUGAGGCUGAUGGAAGUGGCAACAAGAGAGUUGUGUGGCCAGAAAUAUGUUACUGGCAGCAAGGAGGCGAUGUUAGAAAAUCUAGACACACGAUUUGGUAGGAUGGAGGAAAUUAGUUUGCUAAGUGUUGCCACUAUCCUUGACCCUAGAUUUAAAACAAUCCAUUUAAAUAAUCCUUACUGUAGUGCAAGGGCUAUUAGGUUAAUUAAAAAUAAAAUCACUGAAGUCAGAAAUAGUUGUGAUGAUUCUAACUCCUCCUCAUGCCAUGACUCUAGUGAUGAUGAUGAACGUUUGUUUUCAAAGGCUGGAAACAUAAGGACAGAAAAAAGAAACAGAUUGAAGGGAGAGAAAUUACAACAACUUCUAUUUCUGAGCUCUCUUGAUUUUAAUGACUGGCACUUGGAAUAA